AUGUCCCAAAUCACCCAACUCGCCUCCCGCCUCUUCACCGCCAACGGCUUCUCGCCCGUCAAGACCCUCCCGACAGACAAACGCGUCCGCGGCUUCCUCAACCAACACCUACUCUUCGACACCACCGCCGCCCUCCUGGUGUGGGAACACAAAUUCUUCCCCCAGUACUGGAUCCCGCGCGCCGACUUCACGGCCGCGGCCGUCUUCGACAAGGACCAGCCCGUCAGCGGCAUUGAGUCGUCGACUUAUAGCCUGACGACCAAGGAGGGGCAGGAGAAGAAGAGCGUGCCGGCGCUUGUGGUGCCGGAAUCGUUUGACCAUGAGUUGAAGGGGUUGGUGAAGGUGGAGUUCAAGAGCAUUGAUGCGUGGUACGAGGAGUUGGCGGAGGUGUUGUUCCACCCGAAAGAUCCGUUUCAUCGCGUGGAUCUCUUGCCGAGUGGGAGGCAGGUGAAGGUCGAGGUCGAGGGCGCCGUGGUCGCGGAUACCGCGGGUGAAGGGGGCGUGGUGAGUUUGUGGGAGACGAAUUUUCCGGGCAGGUGGUAUUUGCCCGGGACGGCGAUUCGGUGGCAGUACCUGCGCAAGAGCGACACCAAGACCGGCUGUCCGUACAAGGGCCAGGCGAGCUACUAUGAUGCGGUCGUGGAUGGGAAGGAGGUCAAAGAUGUGGUGUGGUACUAUGAGAAUCCGACGCAGGAGUCGGCGGGUAUCAAGGGCUUGUACUGCUUCUAUCCAGACAAGGUAAGGACUUGGGUGGAUGGAAAGGAGAUCGAGCGCGUGGGCAUGCCGAAGCCGAGGAUUGAGGGAAUCAGGGCUGCGAGGGAGAAGCCUGUGGGCGAGGAGGUGAAGAAAUCGGGCUGCGGGUGUUGA